AUGAGGCAGUAUGACAGUUUAAGCGUCAGGAGGGCGAAGAAAAGCGAGAGCAACGCUAGUUAUAACAAGAAAGUAACCUCGCUGAGCAGAUUUUCAAGUCGAGAAAAUAAAGCAAAAGGUUUAAAAAUAGACAAAUGGAACGAUGAAGAUAAGCUGCAACUGUGUGAAAAACGGAUUCUGCACAAGGCAGUUAGUGACAAGAAAAAGAUACCGACUCUUUUGAGAAGGGUCCACACGAAGCCACAUGCUAGUGCGGGAAGACCUACCACACUACCCAGGAAUGAAGAACGGUGUGUCAGCAUGAACAGGGGCAGCCCCAAGGGGUGUAACGUGUAUAGAGCUCAAACAAUGACAAAAAGUAUGGGUCGUAGCAGCAACGUGAAACGAAUCGAAAUUCCGGCAACCGCGGGGGUUAUCACCAAAGUAAGCCAGAAAAAAAAAGGCACGUUGAAAAAAAGUACAAAAUGUGAAGUACAAGAGGAUGCAAAGAACAGCAGAAAGCAGCAAGCGCAAAUGGGGAGUGAAAAUCCCAGGCAGACUUACCAUACGGAGAUACUUAACAAAACUCAGUGCAGUCAAAAAUACUCGCCCGAUGUGUUAACCACAAAUAUAAGAAGCGCAAAAGGGAUAAUUUUUCAAAAUGCGCAGAUUCCAGCUUGGGCAAGUAAAACGAAUGAACGUGACAAAAUAAAUUACACACGGGCUAACAGGGAUAACAGUAUGCCUUGCAAAUUUGCGGAGUUCCCCAAAGGGAUGGAGAAUCCCGAUGGGAAAAGCAGCUAUUCAAAAUAUUUAGAAGCAAUUUUUAGACCUCCCCAAAUGGCUAGCUUACCUUAUCGCGCAGAGGAGCACUUUGCCAAGCAUGGCUUGUCAAGCAGUAGCGAUGCAAAUGGGAGAGGGGAGCCAGGGGGGAAGCAUGAACGAAGAGGUAGCCAUGUGGAGGGGGCCUCCCCAAACAAGCUGAUCAGUCAUUUUGCAUAUCAUCAUCCGCAGGCCCACCCGCAAAAUCGCAGUUUCAUGGAAAUUUCAAAGGAGAAUCACAUAAGAAGGGAGGACAAUCACUGCGCCAAUCAGAAGGAGGACAAUCACUGUGUCAUUCGGAACGAGGACAAUCACUGCGCCAGUCGGAAGGAGGACAAAAGUGGAUAUAUUCCAAUGUGGGACAUAAAUAGCCACAAAAUUAUUAGCACAGAUUUUUUUCUUAAAGCCAAAGGUAGGCGUUCCCUCACAGAAAAAAAAAAUAACCAACACACACAAAAGGAGAUGAUCGCACAUGAGCAUCUUCCCAGUUCGACUAGCGAAAAGGAGGAUGCCAAGUUCAGCGCGUAUAAGGCCAACACAGCCGAUUUGGGCAUGAAAAAAAAAUUCCCUGGAAGGGAAAUCCCUACCAAUGCGUUAUCCCCUAAUGAGACAACCCCAUUAGAUGCAUCAAUUAAGAAAGUGCAAAAUUCUGAACACGAAAAAAAAGGCCUCAAAAAGGAUCACAUUUAUUCGAAUGCUCUAAGUAGCACAAAUUACGAUCGGGAUAACUGUGCCAACCAUCCGAAUUAUAACGAAACUAGGCUCUGCGAAAAUAGGUCUUUGACAGAUAUCAUGUUUAGGGGGAAAAUAAGAAACGAAGGGAAACUGAACACAGAUGGUGGAGGUCCUUCUAAAGUCAACUACAAAUUGGAAGAGUCAACCACAGUUGAUCACACAAACAGUGUGAACAAUGCUAAUUGUAUAGAACAGCCCAAAUGGAUGAACCUCCCAUAUAUACAGAAACAGAGCUCACGUAAUAACGGAGAUAUUAUUCAUGCUAAUAGAAGUACCAAAUUUUUGACUUCCCUCAAGAGUGAUAAUCCCCCCUUCACUUAUAACAACCUCACGCAUGACAUUUCGAAUCAUAAGUUGCCGAGAAGGAACGGCAAUAUCCACCUACGCAGUGUGACGAACACGAACGAGUAUUUUAAGAAGAGUGUCGGGGAUGUCGACAAAGGCAGUAGGGAUUAUCUCACCGGAUCGAAAUGGCAAAGUGGUUACAUGUGGACAAAUGCUAGUAGUCGGCAGGGAGGGGAUGGAACAAAAGAUCACCACUUUGCCCGGGGUGACAAAAUUAGGGGCAACAUCACCGCCGAAUUGGUCAGUCAUGGGGUUGGACCCUCCAUGUUGGCAACGCAUAGAGAUUUACUUGCCAAUUCGGCAUGUCCGCCCAGUGAAUCGCCCUGUUUGAGUGGCAACAGUGCUGGAUUUCCCAAUUUGAGUAGGCCCAAUUUGAGUAGGCCCAAUUUGAGUAGACCCAAUUUGAGUAGACCCAAUUUGGCGAGUCCCUCCUUCGCCCAUCUCCAUCCCAGUCAACGGAACCAACCCGAAUAUGCAAGUAGAAUCCCUCACCUCUUCGAUCCUUCCAAAAUGACGUUAAAAGAAAACCAUCCCAUUUGCACUACGAAGAUGACUAAAGCAACACCAAAUGGACCCCCUCAAAUUAAUCGCGCUGAUGAAGUUAGUCAACACACCUACAAUGUGUUAAGUGGGCCCAUAAAUACGAUCCCAAAUAAUUUGCAGGCCUUUAAAAAAAUAUACAUAGAUCACAGUAUGAGCGAAAUAAAACACGUGAACGUGAACGUGAACGUGAACGGGUAUGUUUUAAGGGAGAGGGACCCUAAUGUGGACUCCGGCGUGUCAGUGUCAACAUGCAUCUCGCAGGGUAGUGCCAGCACAAUGGAAAAAAUGGGCACAGAGAGACUCCUAAAAUGUGACCAGCAACCCCCGAGUGUAAAAAAUGAAAAAAAUUUAAGCGAAAUGACAGUGGGUGAGAGUGUGCCCCCAAUGAAGGGCUAUUUUCCGAAACGGGUCUUAGCGGAUGUGGGGGGGAAAAGUCGCGAAUUGAGCGGACAUCUCUACAUGGAAGGGCUUCCUACCAAACCCACCCUCGUGGAUGACCCCUCCGUGGAGGGUAAUAACAUCAACCCAAACGGGGCCAUGUUUCACAUUCGCACCUACACAAGUGGCGAUGUAAAGAGAGACGUGUGUAAAAAAAGCGAAGUUUGUAAAAAUAGCGAAGUUUGCAAUAGUAACCUCUUCACUCCUGAAUCCAAUCACGAUUCUGAGGAUAAAACCAAACGGAUAGACAUGGUAGUUCAUCCUAAUGGUACUCUUAACAAUUUUGCAAUGAAAAACAAACAGGGACAAAACAGUCAUGGCGAAAAUGUGAAUAUCGUUAAGCAGGCACCACGACAGGGACAGCUAACAAGCGACCCAUUCUAUAAAAUCCCACCUCGAAACAAAUUCAUCAGUGCGAGUGUGUAUAAGAGCGCAUUGGGCAAUAAAGCUAGUUUGUCCUUCUCGAGUAUAGGAAAAGAAGGUGCAGUAGCUGGCGGUGGUUUUGAGAGCAAGGAGGAAAAGGGGCCCCUUCCAAAUGGAUUUCCUCCUAGCAGUACAGUUAAAGCGGCCCCAGAAAAAUAUUUAACCAACGCGCGUACCCUUCUAAGUAGCAAACGAGUCGAUGAUGGUACCCUCCCCUUGCUGAGUAACGGCACUGAUAGGCGCGUCAUGCAAAAUCCCCCCCCUGGGAAGACGCAAAACAGGGUAAGGGAAUAUCUACAGGAAGGAGCAAUUCCCCCGUACGAGGCGGGAACAACGUUAACCGAUUUGAAUGCGACAAAGGAGAUCCUCAACAGAAAUGGAUUACCCGUUUGCAAAUCGAUUAGCAACAGUGACAUAUACAACUACUUAAGGAACAAGGACCCAAAAACUCUGACGCAUUUUCACCGCACAGUAUCCAACAGGAAUCAGAGAUUGAAAAAGGAGAAGUCCCUCACGGUUGUGUCGCAGAAGGGGGGCACCAAUGCGCUUACCAGUUCGUGUGCAAAGGCGAAAGUGUUGGAUGGCGCCAAAUUUUGGGAAGGCGCCAAAACGUGGGAAGGCGCCAAAAUGUGGGAAGGCGCCAAAAUGUGGGAAGGCGCCAAAAUGUGGGAAGACGCGAAAACGAGGGAACAGCUCCUAGACGCCGCGUUCGAAGCAGACUCAAAGCACACCGUAAAAAAGGCAGUCGUGAUUGGCUGCAACUACAUGAGGGAGGCAGAAGGGGAGAGGCUCUACGGGGCAGUUAACGACGCAUACAUUUUCAGUAGAGUCUUAGUUAAGUACUUCGAUUUUAAACCCGAAAAUGUUCUAUUGCUUACGGAUAGUCUACCUUCGAAUGCGUACAUAUAUGAAGAUUUUGACAUAAAUAAAAAAAAGUACAUAAGGCAGGGAGGUAGCCAAAACACAACAAAAGAGGAAGAAAGGACAAAGAAAACAAAUUUAUUUCAUUUAUUCAAUACGAGCAGUAUAGGUAGUCAUGAAAAACAUGGUGCAGAAAUAGAUAGAUGCAAUUCGUGUAAAAAUUUCGCUAUUAAAAAUGUGGAUUUUUCAUCCGAAGGUAUCAGCUUCCAUUUGUGGCCAACAAGGAUAAACAUUUUAAAGGCUGUAAAUUGGCUAGUCAGAGAUUCUGUACCACUCGGUUCAUACGUUUUUUAUUUUGCGGGGAAAAGUGUGCAAGUAGAUAACAUGAGUGGAUGGGAGGGGGAAGGUUACGACGAAGCUUUUCUUUGUUCCGACCCCUUUAAUCGCAUGCUAGAACAUAACGUAUUGACAGCUAUUCAGUUGAAGGAUUUAUUGUUAAGUAUAAAUGCCAGUGCCCAAAUGACUAUCGUCCUGGAUUGCUCAGGUUGCCAAACCAUUUUAGACCCUGCUGGGACAGAAAAUUCGCUGUCUUAUAUAAAAGGCUGUAAGCAGAAGGGCAUAUGGCCGAUUACGAACCCGACCAAUAAGGUACAUAAAGCUAUCUACGAUGUUACCAUACUGAAUAAUGCCAGCAUGAAAAAAUAUUUUUGCAAAUCGAGGUACCAUCAAUUGAUAGAAGUAGAAUCCACAGCUGCUAUGAUUGACCCUUUGCUUCAGUCCAUUUCGUCGUUGCCCAUUGCACCCAAGGCAUACUGCUUCUGUGCAGCUACGUGGGAGCAAAUUUCCAUAGAGGGGUUGUUCCCCCUUAUGGAGUUCGCUCGCGUUACGCAGAUUAAGGGGGUAGAUACUUUUGUCCACACGGAGGGGAAGAAAAAAGGCUGUAAAAAAAAAGGCGGUGGAAAGGGACAAACGGAUAUAGAAGAACCCCUCCGUAAGCCAGGCGAACAUUCAGCCAAGAAGAGUGCCUACGAGAAAAAUUUCAGCUUCUCACUAAAUGUGGUAAAGAUGUUUUUUAACAGUAGUACCGCGGGAGGUAGCAGCGGUAACGAACAUGCACAGGGAGCGACUUCCCUUGAGGGGCAGCAAAAAAACGCGCGCAGGGGUGAAUGCGGUAGUGGGGCUGCAACGGAGGAGCAUGCGUGCGGUCAAGCGAGUGAGCACGGCGAGCAUGGCGACCAGCGCAAUCGUCGCAAUCACCGCAAUCACAGCAACCAUCGCAACCGCAGCGACUGUUCCGAGGAUGCCCCGUGCAGCACAGAAGGAAGCGAGGUGGCGGAAGAAAAUGACUACCUACUCGUCAGCCACGGAGUAUUCACAUACUGCCUAGUUGAAGCCAUUAUCGAAUUUAAGGAAUCACAAUUGAAAAAUAACAUUUCGGAAAGGAAAAAUCAACCCCUCCUUCCAAUGACUUUAAAAAACUUAAUAAUCCUUGUCCAAAAAAAAGUGGAAAAUGUAAAAAAUGAAAAAUUAAAAAAAUUAAAUCAAAAACCAGAAUUUACCAUUCAUCCAGGAGCUAAUGCUAACAGUAAAAAUUAUUUUAUCCAUUAUUGUAAAAAUAUACAAUUUCAAAAUUAUAAAUUUAAUUUUAUAAAUGCGGACCUGUCUCCUUUUUUAAAUGUUAACAAAGCAUGGGAAGAAAUCAACAGGAACACUCUCAAGAGUAGGAAGUCCCUGUCCGUCACGUCCACUCUGAUUAAUUCGGCAUCUUCCAAAUAUUUUUCCGAGACAAAUGGGCAGAUGAAAAGUUGCUACUCAAUGAGGUAUUAG